AUGAAUAUUUUAAUCUUAGUAAGACUUAUUUUUAGUAGACAAAAUGCAGUUAUAAUGAUUUUAUGUAGAAAUAGAGAAAAAGAUGCAAUAGCAAAUACAUUAAGAAAUUUUGAAGAAAAAUUUAAUAAAAACUAUAACUACCCCUAUGUGUUUUUAAAUGAUGAUGAUUUUACUGAUGAGUUUAAGAAAGAAAUACAAAAAAUAACAUCUAAUGUUAAAUUUGGGAAAGUAGAGAAAGAAGACUGGGAAAUGCCAGAUAAUAUUGAUAGAGUAAAAGCAAUGAAGAAUUGGAAACUUAUGGAAACAAAGGGUGUUCCAUAUGCUAAUUUAGAAAGUUAUCAUAACAUGUGUAGAUUCUUUUCAAGAACUUUCUAUAAACACAAACUAUUGCUAGAAUACGACUAUUACUGGAGAAUUGAACCAGGUGUCAAAUUUCAUUGUGAUAUUGAUUUUGAUCCAUUUGAUGAACUUAAGUUUAAAAAUAAAAAGUAUGCUUUUGUAAUUACAAUUAGAGAAUUUAUGGAUUCAAUACCCUCACUUAUGGAUGUAACACUUGAUUUUUUAAAAGAAAAUUAUACUAAAAUACCAAAAUAUAACUCACAUAAGUUUAUGUUUGAUAAUGGAAAGUAUAAUGGAUGUCAUUUUUGGUCAAAUUUUGAAAUAGCAGAUUUUAACUUUUUUAGAAGUAAACUUUAUAAUGCAUAUUUAGAUCACUUAGAGAAUUCAGGAGGAUUUUACUACGAGAGGUGGGGAGAUGCGCCAGUUCAUUCAUUAGCAGUUGCACUAUUCCUUGAUUUAUCACACAUAUUAUUUAUUAAAAAAAUAGGAUAUACACAUGAUUCAUUUACUCACUGUCCAGAAGAAGGAAAGAAUUGUGACUGUGAUGUUAAAAAAAGUGUAGAUUUUACACCUUUUUCAUGUCUGAAAGAAUAUUUGAGAGUUUAA